AAAAAAAUUACAUCUGCAGCUAUUCGCUCGAAUCAGUAACCGGGUUCGGAUCAACCCGUUUGAUGGACGUUUGCCCAUCACCCACCCCUAGUUGCCAAACGGGCCUCAAUCAUCUACUCAACCGCCAUACUAAUCUCCAGAGAGAGAGAGAGAGAGAGAGAGAGAGACCACUGAUUCGAAAUAUCUGUACAAAAGUAGUGAUAGUUGGAGUUUCUGCGUAUAUUUUCUUCUCCGGCUACCGAUUCUAAAGGGGUUUGUUUGUGUACUUGCGCGCGCGUGGGCUUAAAGAGAAAGAGAGAGAGAAAUGGCGAGGAGACCAGACGAGGAAUACGAUUACCUGUUCAAGAUCGUUUUAAUCGGCGAUUCAGGAGUCGGCAAAACCAACCUCCUCUCCCGCUUCACUCGGAACGAGUUCUGCCUCGAAUCCAAAUCCACCAUUGGCGUCGAAUUCGCCACUCGCACUCUCCAGGUUGAGGGUAGAACUGUGAAGGCUCAGAUAUGGGACACAGCAGGACAGGAGCGAUACAGAGCAAUCACGAGUGCUUAUUACAGGGGUGCGCUGGGAGCUCUCUUGGUUUAUGAUGUGACAAAGCCAAUAACUUUUGAAAAUGUUAGCCGGUGGUUGAAGGAGCUGAGGAACCAUGCAGACGCCAACAUUAUCAUCAUGCUUAUUGGAAACAAGACUGAUUUGGAGCAUCUGAGAGCGGUUUCUACAGAGGAUGCUCAGGCUUUUGCUGAGAAAGAAGGCCUCUCAUUCAUUGAAACAUCAGCUCUAGAAGCAACAAAUGUUGAGAAAGCUUUCCAGACGAUCCUUUCAGAGAUAUAUCGGAUCAUUAGCAAGAAGUCGCUUUCUUCGGAGGAUGAUCCAACGGCUGCUAGCGUAAAAGAGGGGAAAACACUGCUUGUUGGAGGUUCUGAGUCAAACAUAAAGAAGGCUUGCUGCUCUUCAUCUUAAAGGUUGUUAUUGUUUAUUCAUGUACUUCAUCUUGCUGAGCUAUUGUUUCAAAUCUUGUGUUUGUAUUUUAUCUUUGAACUUUGUUUGGCCUAUUGUUGUCGGGAUGGUUUAAGGUUUUUUUGUGUGGAUUCACUCACAUGAGAUAUAUGUUACAGUUUUUGUAGUUCUAGUGUAUAAGCAAAAGUAGGUUUGAGGGUACAAGUGAAUGCAUUUUAAGAGAAUAUUCCAGUGUAUAUCCAAUCUAAGGUAAAAACAAAUUUUGGUAA